UCUUGAUGUACUAAUCGGGUUGGAAUCAUUGACCCUUGUUAUAAAAUCUCUGUUUCGCUGCCGAGAGCUCAGAAGAAACACACACACCUUUUCUCGGACUCUCUCUCUGAAAUUCUCCGAAUUUUUCUCUCUCUCUCCUUUCUCGUCGUCGAAAUUUAGGGCUUUUAUUCAGAAUCUCGUCCUGAUUUAGAAGGGUUCUCGUUGUCCUCUUCUGGGUUUAUUGUUUCAAAAUUCAAUCUUUGUCGGGCUCAUAAUGAGUAAUUGGAGAAGACAAAAACCCAGAAAUAACAACAAUUAUAAUCAUCAUCAUCAACGAGACACGACGAUGACGCAAUCAUCAAAGCCGCCUCUUGCUAACUACAAACUGUCUGUUCCGGCUUGGGAGAAGGAAUUCUGUGCUGUGGUUGGUUCAGUUCCAUGGCGGAGAGUCUUAGAGGCGAAGCGGUUUAUGCAUCUUUACGAUGGAGUGGCACAAUGGGACGACUCAGCGGGCGAAGAGGCGUUCAAGAACGCUAAAUCCCGGUACUGGGCAGAGAUAAAUGGAGCUCCUUGUGACUUAUCUUUGCCUGAUCCUGAUGUCUACAUUGAUGAUGUUGAUUGGGAAUCCGAGGUUGACGCCGAGCUGAUUCUUGACCUUGAACGUGGUCCAAACCCGAUAGCAGGAGAAGAAGAAGAGCAUGUCGUGAUUCUUGAUGCUUUGUUCUUAUCUGAACAGUAUAGCGGACUCGGUUGGGGAACUGGAUGGGGAGACGCUGAAGGGAUUAACGAGGAGAAUGUUAAUACUGGUAAACCAGAGAACUCAUGGGGUGAUCAGAAUUGUAAUGGAUGGGUUGAGGAUUCUUGGGAGAUAAAAGAGAGAACCGGAUCUUGGUCUCAUAAGAACAACAGCUUUAAAACCGAAUCUUGGGAUCAUAAGAACAGCAAGAGCAACAACAGCUUUAACCGCAAGAACAGUGAGAGUUGGAACUGUAAGGAUCAAGGAAGAGAGAACAGAGAGUGGAGAAAGAGAGGAGACUUGCCACGUGGUGGAGUUCAAGUGAAGGAUUGUGGAUGGAGGAAUGGGAGAGGGAGAAGCAGAGGUGGGUUUCAGAAACAUUCGAAUGGUUGGGGUUGGACUGAAUCCUUCUGAACCAGACAGAGAGUCUCUGUUGCUAAAUAUUUUUUUGGGAGGAAAGAGCAGUAAUUUUUGGGCUAACUAUAUAGUGUUAGUGUUAGUGUUAGUGUGCUAGUGUGUGUGUGAGCAGAUUGAUGUCUCAAAGUUUUUUGUUUUCCUCUAAACGUUUCUGAGGAUCCUCUGUCACCUUAAAUGAUGCAGAUAUAUAAGUAUAUAAAAGUUUUUUGG